ACUUGGUCAGCGUCUCCCUCUGACCAUGGCGAUGAAAGUGGACCUCAAGACCUCCAUCGACUGGAAGGAAGCGAAAGCUUUUCUGAAAGGUCUGAGCGACAAGCAGAGGGAGGAGCAUUAUUUCUGUCGAGACUUUGUCAGCCUGAAGAAAAUACCAACUUGGAAGGAUGCGGAGGCAAAAGGGGCUCCAGAUAAGAUGGGGAAAUCCCAGUACCAGGUGGACGGGGCCGUGAAUGAGAAGAUCUCAAUCUUCCGAGGGGACAUCACCAAGCUACAGCUGGACGCCAUUGUGAACGCGGCCAACAGCUCCCUCAUGGGAGGAGGCGGCGUGGACGGCUGUAUCCACCGCGCUGCCGGGCACCUGCUCAAGGAGGAGUGCCGCACACUCCACCGCUGUGAGACCGGCAAAGCCAAGAUCACCGGGGGCUACCGCCUGCCUGCCAAGUAUGUCAUCCACACCGUGGGGCCCAUUGUGCAGGGAGACCCGAGCCCCAGCCACGUCCAGGAGCUUCGCAGCUGCUACCGGAACAGCCUGCAGUUGGUGCUUGAUAACAGCCUUAGAUCGGUGGCCUUCCCUUGCAUUUCCACGGGGGUCUUUGGUUACCCCAGUGAGGCUGCGGCCGAGGUCGUCCUGGGCACCCUUCGCGAGUGGCUGGAGGAGCACAAGGACAAGGUGGAUCGGUUGGUGAUCUGUGUGUUCCUGGAAAAGGAUGAGAAGAUAUACCGCAAACUGCUUCCUUAUUUCUUCCCUGUGGCCUGA